AGGGUAGUGGUGCACGAGUACUUAUUUUUUAUUUUCAUGGCUUUACAAUGUGCAGAAACAGAGGGUUUAUCAUGUGUUUCGACCAGCUCGCGUUUCAACAUUGUCGUCUUACAAAAACAGAUUCAAGGAUCGUUCUAUACAUUUACAUGUUCGGCGGGUGGCGUUUCGUCACUAGCAGUCGUAAUUCGUAAUCUGUUGGUUGUGUAUGCACGCCGUUUUUCUGUAUGGACCAAAGAAAUAAAUAAUGCUACUUCAAUAGUUUUAAUUUGAUUCUCCGUUGAACGGAGACUGUUCCAAGAUAUGGAAUUUGUUUCUGUGAAGCGUGGAAAGAAUCGGAGAAAGAGAGCACAUUUGAAGAAACGACGUCGCGAGCAAUCGAAGCUUGAGGUUAAGUUUGCGAAACGUCAACGAUUUAUUUCAGAACGAGAAAAAUUAACAGGCGGUACCAUGCAUGCUAAUUCUUUCUGGGAAAAUUAUACAGCUGCCCAGGAAUGGCAAAAAAGGCACAGCGUAAUUUGGUGGAAGACCCGUUGCAUCGCGUUGGAGCAUGAAAAUCAGAUAUUAAGAGAUAAAUUGAGAUCUGUGGUAUGUCACGGUGGACAACAAUCCUCUUCGAACAUACAGAAAAGCAGGAGAUACAAAAAUUGGAAUAGGGAACAAAAGCAGGAAGAGGCAACUAGCGAGGAAGCUGAGAAUUUGGAGUUUCAAGUGAACGAAGACAUGAUGAGUUUCUUGGAGCAGAGUAUGAGACAUAAAAUCGAAUUGCAAAAGAGAAGGGAAUCUGAGUCUUGUACAAAGGGAGACGAGGGAGAUGACACGAAUAUUCAAGGAGGUGCUAAUUGGGUAAAAAUGAGGAAUGCUAAUGCCAAAUUAUUGUACGGUGAAGCUAGUUCUACGAUAUUAGCGAUGGAAACUGCCCUCCAAACCACGAUCGAUAGACACAAAGACAAAGCGAAACCACAGUAUUGGCCGAUCAUCCCAUUAAAGCCGUGAUCAUUAGGUUCAUAUAAUUCUCAGUUCUAUUAUAUUCAAUUAUAUAAUAUUUGUAAAAGAUUUUAUAUUAAAAUAUUGUAUUACAUACAUUGUCCCAUGUACGAUCUUACAGACA